UCAUUGGCUGCUCUGUAAAACAGAUGGAUUAAAAAAUAAGGAGCAAAAAAAAAAACAGACACGAUUUAUAUUUCAUUCAUCACCUCGUGCAAAUCAUCAAUUAAAGGAUCCCCGAGUGCUUGUUGAUUAUAGUGAUCAUUUGUUCAUUUUUUUUUUUUUUUUGGAGCAAGAACUGGAGAAUGGCUGCAAUUGUGGAGAAGUCAAAUUCAACAAAAGCCCGAUUAGCCCGAGAGAGGAGAGAGGAAAGAGAGCGGACUCAAGCGUCUCGGGAGAAGGAGCUGUUGGAGAAGGAGCAGCGUUGCCGUAAGCAGUACGAGCGCAUGGUGGAGGAGCGAGGGAGGCGUCUGGACGAGCAGCGGCAGCGUCAGGAGCGUUGCCGAGCCGCUGUGGAGCAGAAGAGGAGGCAGCGUGGUGAGGAAGAGAGGGAGCGCCUGGAGUCGCUGAUGAAGCGUUCGGACGACCGCGGCCCUCCGCCGGAGCAGAGACCCAAACGCUGGACGUGGGGCGGCCCGCCACGAGCCUGCGAGGUACCAGACUUCAUGCUCCCACCGGAUUGUCCGGAGAUGGACCUGAUCGCACAGUUUUCCUCCUCUAACUCCUCAGCUGCUCUAGCUCAAACCACCGGAAGAGCCUCGCCCAGCCCCCACAGGUCCCCGUAUAAGGCCUCGCCGAGUAAAGCCGAGCGCAGGAAGAUCAGUUCAACAUCUGGACCCUCAGACGAUUCCCGAGGUGCUGCCACGACCCCCAAAACCCCUCAGACAGAGAAACAAGCCGGCGUGGUUACGGACUCCUCAGCAAAGCGACUUGAAUCUCCCAUGACGCCGACCAAGAGUCCGUUUGGCUCCAAGAAGCCCAGCACACCCAAAAGGUCCAAGUCAUGUAAGAGUCGUAUCCAGUCUCCGUGUUCUCCUGGCCAGUUCCCCAGCUCACCGAUGAGGCACAGAGCCAUGACCCCAGGUGCAGAGAACAACAAGAGGCUGGAUGGAGAGGAGAAAGGACCCGAGAGUAAAAACUCCAGCACUCUGGACAGGAAGACCUCAAGGACGGAAAAGAUUCCCAAAUCUGCAAGCAGAGAACUCGGAUGUAGCGCGGAGUCUCCAGGGACUCCGACUGGGAAAGCUGGAACCACUGAUGCCGAGGAGGCGUCCAGACUGCUGGCGGAGAAACGACGUCUGGCCAGGGAGCAGAAAGAACAGGAGGAGAAACAGCGACAGGAGGAAGAGAGACUUAAAGCCGAGGAGCUCCAGAGGAAGCAGGCGGAGGAGCGCGAGCGACAGGAGCAGGCGGCUCGGCAGGCGGAGAUAGAGCGACAGAGGCAAGAGGAGGAACGCAGGAAGAAAGACGAAGAUGACAAACGGCAAAAGGAAAGACGUUUGAAAGAGCUCCAGGACCAGCUGGACAGAGAGAGGGAGGAGGCUUUCCAGAGGGUGCAGAGGGAGGCAGAGAGGAAGCAGCAGGAAAGAGAGCAGCUGAAACUGCAGGAAGAGCAAGAGAGACUGCAGAGGAAGAAGCGCAUUGAGGAGAUCAUGAAGAGGACAAGAAAACCUGACGCAGAGCCAAAGAAGGAUGAGACGCACGCUGAGUCCGACUCGUCCGUGAUUGAGACGGUCGCUGCCCUGGAGUCUGCAGAUGCUGGACAGAUUAACGGUCCGUCCAUCAGGUCCUCAGUUAGCUCCACUUUUGUUGGGUUUAAGAGUGACUUCCCGUCGUCCAUCACUGUUGGCUCGCCCGUGAUUAACUUACAGCCUCUGGAAGCUAAGGGGAGUUUGGCUGACGAUCUUUCAGAUGGCGUCCAGUCCAUGGAUGUCAGCCCAGUCUCUAGAGAUGAGCUGAUGCAGGAAUACUCUCCCGUCAGCGAGAGCUCUGAGAACCUCAUGAGGGACCCUCAGGCGCUGGAUCUCCUGCAUCUCACCGGACAGGCUGCGUAUCCUAAGGCCGGGGACUGCAACAAAAACCUGAUCCAGAGCUUCAGCAGCGCCGCCGCGGACUCAGCGCUCAUCCAGAGUCUCGGGCCGAGCAUGGAUAAGCUCACUGUCUAGUCCACCAGGGUAUACGUCACGUCACGUCUUGCCUGUGUUGAAGAAGGAUUUGGGAUUUGACCUUGUUCUGUUGUGCCUCUGUUCCAGCUCUUACAAGCUUCUCCACGAAAAAACGCGUGCAUCAUGGAGAAAAAAAAGAAAGGAGCGCCGAAUUAAGUAGUUAUGCAUAGAAUAAUAAUGAUGAUAAUAAUAAUAAUAAUCUUAAAAAAAGCUUUGCCUUUUCUUCCUAGGUAUACCAUUUCAACAUGUAGUAAUUGCUGGGGAAAGCAACUGUAUUGCAGCUGUAGUGAUCUUUAUAUUCCUGUAAACGCACUGUACAACGAGUGGUACACGAGCCUUGUAGCAACUUCGUGCAGUUUUGCUGCGAGAGCACAAAUGACCAGCAAACUGACUGUGUGUACUUUAAUAUGUGUAGAGUGUGACGUGUGUCAUGUAUCGGGGUUUCAUGCGAGUGUAAAAAUGUUAUAACACUAUCGUAUGCUUUUUUUUUUUUCAGGAAAAAAAAAGAAAGAAAUACUUUGCAAAGAUGUAAACUAUGCAGGCCGGGCAAAGUGUCAAUCUGAAACAAAUACAAAACGUUAACGCAAUGCUACAGCUGUACAGUACACAUCCUGACUCACAGUACGCUAAAUAUGUGUUACCUUGUUAAACGACUCUGUCACAUUCUUUCACACUCAGGAGGUGUGUUCGAGCUUUGCAUGUCAUAGGG